UUACGCGACGUUGAACCGCUUUUACGUCCGCGUUUAUUAAAAUUUAUUGAAAAAUGAAUACAUCAAAAUGGUAGAAUCCUUACAAAUGUUCUUAUUUCUCUUCAAAUCUAAGUACAGACGAAAAUGGUCGUGGUUCUCGCCGUUUCUAUGUUCAGUUCUUAUAGUGUUAUUGUUUUGCAAUGGUAUUCUGUCUAGGUGUAGUGAUCAUAACUGUUUGAAUGGUGCAUGUAAAAAUGAGACUUGUAUUUGUUACGAGGGCUGGCAGGGCCCGGAGUGCCAGUACUGCGGCGGGAAAGUCAAGUUGACAGAUCCCACGGGCAUAAUAACCGAUGGCCCUGGAAAUUAUAGCGUCUCAACGCAAUGCUCGUGGCUGCUAGCGCCUCCGUGGCUCGGCCCCACGGCGCCCACCAUCAGGAUCAGGCUGGAGAGCUUCGCGACUGAGUGUGGGUGGGACCAUCUGUAUGUGUACGAUGGGGAUAGCGUGAGGGCGGAGAAGUUACUGGCUGUUUACAGCGGAGUCCUAGACAGAGAAGAGUCGGACUGGACGAGACAAGUCGUCGCUCGUUCCGGCACUGCCUUGCUACACUUCUUCUCAGACGACGCGUACGCGAUGGAAGGAUUCAAUGUUACGUACGCGGCGUACUCGUGUCCGUCGAAUGAUGCGCGUACUAAUUGUUCAAGUCAUGGAGAAUGUGAAGAGGGCACGUGUAAGUGCGAACCAGACUGGGUGGGUGUGGCCUGUGAUCAAAAAUUAUGUCCAGACAAUUGCAACGCGGAAUACGGGGCGGGCAGUUGCACAUCGGCGGGAUGCGAGUGCACUCCGUCGCGGUCGGGCGCGGACUGCACGCGGGACGCGGGCGCGGCCGGCUUUAUGUGGGGCUGGCGGGAGGGGGGGGACGGCCGGCCCUCGGAGCAGCCGCCGUUGAACAACCCCCCUGCCGCCGCCGGCCAUGUUCUAUUGGAGCACGGGGAGGAUUUGCUGAGAGUGGGCGGAGAGACGUUCGGUCCGGCUGAGUUUUUGUAUAGGUAUAAAGUUUUGGAGCGUUCGUGGCAGACAAUAGUCACAGAAGGCGUGGCUCCGUCGCCGAGGUUUGCACAUUCGGCGGUUUUGUACGGCGACGAGCUUCUAGUCUAUGGGGGGGUCGUGGCUUCAGACGACCCGGAGAGAGGGGGCGGUCUUGCUGGCCUUGAAGGUCGCGGAGGUGAAGUGACGAAUGAAUUGUGGAGAAUAAGACUGGAUGUGAACCCGCCUCAGUGGGUGAACGCGACGCCAACCGAGUGCUCGCCGCAUCGGCCGGCACCUCUGAAACAUUGUGGUGGUUUACACGUGUCGGGUCACACGGCCGUGUUGGCGUACAUCGACGCCACGAAGAAGCCAGUAAUGCUUGCGUUCUUCGGACAUUCGCCCCAUUACGGAUAUUUACAUACUGUUCAGGAGUAUUACAUAGAGGAAGGCGUGUGGGCGUCGGCGCCCACCACUGGCUGGCCGGCGCGCGCGGGCUUCGGCCACUCGGCUCUGUACGACCCGCUGUCUCGCCGGGUGUACGUGCACGGCGGGCUGGUGUCCGAGUCUGAGGCCGCCCAGGCGCCCUCAUCGGCCCUAUUUGAGUACAACGUAGAUACAAGAGUCUGGAAGCCGUUACCUUCGGCGCCUACGCCGAGGUAUCUCCACACUGCUGUCUUAGUAUCGCCAGGUAUAAUGUUAAUAUUUGGCGGUAACGCGCACAAUGACAGCGCCGCGGCGGCGUUGUCGGCGCCGGCCGCCGCCCACGCCAAGUGUUACUCCGCUCAGCCGCUGUUGUAUAUAAUUAGAUGUGGUAUUUGGCGUACACUAUCUCCGCCGCCCGGCUCCUCUCGCGCCGCUUUAUCUGCGGCAUCAUUACCGCUGCAGAAGCGACACACUGCCAUUAUUUUAGGAGGUUUCGACGGCCGCCUCCGUUCGGACGCUUUACUAUUCGAAACGGGUGAAAAGUGUUCGUCGUAUAAGACUGAAGUGAACUGCUUGUCGGCCUCGCAUCACGCCGCUUUGGCCUGCGUUUGGAAGACCCACGAGAGGAUCUGUAUGUCGCUAGAAGAAGUUGGUUGGAAGGAGUCAUUUGAUGGCACCGUCAAGGCGUGUACGAAUGAGCCUGUAUUUGAGCCGCUGCGCUGCGCCGCCGCCGAGUCGUGCGCGGCGUGCACGGCGGCGGGCUGCGCGUGGUGCGGCGCCUGCCUCACCGAGCCCCAGUACUGCGUCAGGCACACGCACCAGAUGGCGCUGUCAAUAGAAGAGUGCGGCGCGAACGGCGGAGAAACUGCGAAGGAGGCGUGCGGCCGAUUCCACUCCUGCGCAGCUUGUUAUGCCCAUCAGAGGCAUCACUCUUAUGCAACGGAGGAUCUCAGUCCGCGUCUUUGUUACUGGGACUAUGACAGUAUUAAAUGCAGGCCGGCUAACUCCACCGAUGAUAUAAGGAGCGUGUCUAGCGCGGGCGGUUGCAGCGCGGCAUGUUCGACAUACCGUACAUGCGCUAAUUGCACGGCCGAGGAAUGUAUCUGGUGCGCUUCGGCUGCUCGGUGUGUUGAUAAGAACGCGUACGGCGCCUCGUUCCCCCUGGGCGGGUGCCGCGCGUGGUCCACGUCGGGCGGCGGCGCGGCCUCGUGCGGCGCGGCGCACGGCUGCGGCGCGCACGUGUCGUGCUCGCACUGCCGCGCCGAGCCCGCCUGCGGCUGGUGCGACGACGGCGCGGGCGGCGGGCGCGGGGUGUGCAUGCCCGGGGGGAGCAGGCGGCCGCAUGCUCCGAGAGUCUGCGCUCAACAUCGAUGGCACUUCACCCGCUGUCCAGCGUGCCAAUGCAACGGUCACUCGUACUGCGACUCGCAGGCGAGGUGUGUCCAGCCUUGCAGCGGCCGCGCCAUAGGCGACCACUGCGAGACCUGCGCCCCGGGCCACUGGGGCAACCCGCUGAACGGAGGAGUUUGCACUCCAUGCGAAUGCAACGCCCAAGCGGUUGCGUGCGCGCCGGACACCGGCCGCUGCUACUGCAGCACCAAAGGGCUGGCCGGCGACCGCUGCGACAAGUGCGACAACACCAACCACUACCACGCGGACGUGUACAACAAGGGCGCUUGUUACUACGACCUAGCUGUAGACUACCAAUUCACCUUCAACCUAUCAAAGAAGGAAGACCGCCACCUUUCCGCCAUUAAUUUCCGGAACGCGCCAGUGAAGCCAGACGUCGAUGCCGACUUUAGUAUCACAUGCUCGGCACACGCUCGCAUGAACCUCACUGUACGCAGCCGGGCCGAUCCCGCGGAGAGGACGCUGUUCAGUGACGUCAACUGUACCAAUUUCAGAUACAAAACUUUCCAUUACAGGUUCGCAAAAUCGGAGCACGCUUUCGGCGUCGAAGACAACGUUACGCUGACGACUUUCUUCGUAUACGUGUACGAUUUCCGUCCACCGCUGUGGAUACAAAUCUCGUUUUCACAGUAUCCGAAGUUGAAUCUGCAGCAAUUCUUCAUCACUUUCUCGUCGUGCUUUCUACUGCUGCUUUUGGUGGCGGCGGCUUUAUGGAAAAUAAAACAGAAAUACGAUUUAUACAGAAGAAGACAGCGUUUGUUCGUUGAAAUGGAACAAAUGGCGUCGCGGCCCUUCAGCCAGGUCUGCGUCGAGAUGGAGCGGGGCUGGGUGGGGGGAGGCAGCGGGCCGCCGGCGCCGGUGGCGCUGGAGCCGUGCGCGGGCGGGCGCGCGGCCGUGCUGUCGCUGGUGGUGCGCCUGCCCACGGGCGGCACGGGCCGCGCGCCGCCGCUGGGCGGGCUGGCGCUCGCCUCCGCGCUCGUCACGCUCGGCCACCACGCGCCGCUCGCCAAGCGCCCGCGCGACCGCUGACACAAGUGAGUCUCGCUGGUGGUGCGCCUGCCCACGGCGGCACGGGCCGCGCGCCGCCGCUGGGCGGGCUGGCGCUCGCCUCCGCGCUCGUCACGCUCGGCCACCACGCGCCGCUCGCCAAGCGCCCGCGCGACCGCUGACACAAGUGAGUCUCGCUGGUGGUGCGCCUGCCCACGGCGGCACGGGCCGCGCGCCGCCGCUGGGCGGGCUGGCGCUCGCCUCCGCGCUCGUCACGCUCGGCCACCACGCGCCGCUCGCCAAGCGCCCGCGCGACCGCUGACACAAGUGAGUCUCGCUGGUGGUGCGCCUGCCCACGGCGGCACGGGCCGCGCGCCGCCGCUGGGCGGGCUGGCGCUCGCCUCCGCGCUCGUCACGCUCGGCCACCACGCGCCGCUCGCCAAGCGCCCGCGCGACCGCUGACACAAGUGAGUCUCGCUGGUGGUGCGCCUGCCCACGGCGGCACGGGCCGCGCGCCGCCGCUGGGCGGGCUGGCGCUCGCCUCCGCGCUCGUCACGCUCGGCCACCACGCGCCGCUCGCCAAGCGCCCGCGCGACCGCUGACACAAGUGAGUCUCGCUGGUGGUGCGCCUGCCCACGGCGGCACGGGCCGCGCGCCGCCGCUGGGCGGGCUGGCGCUCGCCUCCGCGCUCGUCACGCUCGGCCACCACGCGCCGCUCGCCAAGCGCCCGCGCGACCGCUGACACAAGUGAGUCUCGCUGGUGGUGCGCCUGCCCACGGCGGCACGGGCCGCGCGCCGCCGCUGGGCGGGCUGGCGCUCGCCUCCGCGCUCGUCACGCUCGGCCACCACGCGCCGCUCGCCAAGCGCCCGCGCGACCGCUGACACAAAUGAUAACACCAAUGUACAUAAGUGCGUAUAAGUAAGUUCUGUACAUAAUAGUUGCUCAAGUGCGCGUGAUGUUUUAUAAUACUCAAGCUGUUAGACAGACAGACAGACAUUAAUUAUGUUCGUUAGCUGCGGAUUCUGUCGUUUGUAAACAAAACUGAAAAAAAAGAACUGUGAAAACUUUAGUCUCAAAUACAAGAGCGUCUCCACUCACUGCGGUUUUCAUGAAUGGAAUAUUUCAACGUCUGUCUCUUUCGUUUUGAUACAAAUGAGCGGAAAAAGAAAGACUUGUCUUAUUCAGUCGUAGUCUAGUGUAUUUGUGGCUGUAUCAUGUGAGGAGAUAUGCAUGUGAAACAAUGUAUUAUAAUUUCAAACGAUAGAAUCUAUAGAGCAUCUGACAACUGCCAUCCAAUUUUCAUAGGCUUGGAGUACAUGCAUUUAUUUCGAGAUUUAAAAGUAAGAGGCAGUUUGUUUAUGACUUUCACCCGCAACUUCGCGUCUUUUCAAAUUUAUGAACGUGUAAUUUAUUUCAAUUAAUUUUAAUGCUUUUUAUGAUCUUUUUGGACCUAACUUUUAACAUUAAUGAAUUAAUUCUUUAUAAUUUUAUUUUAUUUUUAUAUUUCUUGUCAUCAGUCAACCAGACUGAUUAAUAAAAGGCCGAAAUAAUUGGCCGACUGCCAAUUUAGAUUUUAAAAUAUGAUAUAAAAUACUAUGUAAGUUCAUUUGACUUACCAACACUGUUAUGACAUUAUACAUUUGAACCUUUGUCGAUUUUUUUUUCCGAAUGAAAAACCUUAAAAUUUCGCAAUAAAAUAAAUUUACUUAUACCUUAAAAUAAACUUUAAAUAAAUGUAUGUACCCUUGGUUUUUCCCAAUAUAAUUAUAAUAAUAGGGAUAUCAUAAAUAAAAUGUAAAUUUCAGCCAUUAUUUUUUACAUACUUAGCUGUAAUAACAUUUUAGUCAUCCUUCGAGAGAAAUCGUAAAUUGUAUGUUAUUAAAAAAUGUAUUUAUAUGAAAACAUGAAACUUCCGCUUACGAAGUUGCCAAAUAUAAUUGUAUAUAUAUAAUUAUAGCAUAUUCACAUUUUGUAGACUGCUAGUAAGUCGCGAGUGAUCAAUGAAAUUGGACAUUUAAUGAAAUGCCUGGUAUAAUUUAAUUAUAAGGUAUUAUAAUCGGCCGCUUUUUUGUCUAGGUUAUAGAAUUAUUUAAAUGGAAAUGUAUUAUUCUUAAUGAUUAUUUAUUUAGUCCAUUAUUUUUUAAUUUAACUACGACACCCGGCACGUAAAUUGAACUAAAAUGGCGGUAUGCGCAGGUGCUAUAGUCACUCUCUAUAGUCACAAUAUCUUCGACUCGUCGUCAGAAACGAAUGAAUAGAGCGAGAAAGAUGUUAAGACAUUAACCUUAUAACAGAAAUUAUGAUUUCUAAAUAAACAAUUCAGAAAUAUAAGAAUACGUCUUUUCUAUUCCAUAUCGGUCCAAACCGUUACGUAUCUGUAAUUGCACGAUUGUAUUAAAUAUAACGUGUGCGUACGCUAUCGGCGCUUUGGCCGGAAUGAACGAAGUUUCUCCGACGCGCCCCCGCUCCUCUUGUCACUUUCCCGGCAUUGCGUUUCGUUCUUCAGGUUUAUUUAUUUAUUUGGGUAAGCAAACGAUUACACUCAUAAAACUUAAUUUAGAUUGUGCGUGAACAGUCUCUUUUUAAUUAGACUGAGGGGCAUUAAAAAAAAAAUUAAGGUAACUUUUAUAGAAUGAACUUCCAGAACAUUGAUAUGACGAUAUAAAUACUAUAUAAAAUUGAAUAUUCCCGGCAACACAUUUCGUCUGUUAGCGAAUUCUGUAAACGCGCACUGUCCAUAGUUCAACUCACGCGCCGGGCACUGUAAAUCCGCGAUGAAUGUUUGCGUUAUAUUUUUUUAAGUGGAUGCAUUUGAUUUUUUAUAUUUAAUAAUGGAAUGAUACUUGGUUCUCAAUUUGAAAUGAAUUGGUAUCGGUUAUAUGUUAAAAUUUCAUUAUUUAUUUUUACUCACUUUUUUUUCCAUAAACUUUCCGAUUUGUAGAUACCCAAAUUCAAAAAGUUUGUAUUUAUCAAAAAAAAAGUCUUCGGAAAUUUACACACAGAGGUUGUUUCAUAAACGCAUUUUUUUAUAAUUCAUAGAAGAUGAAAUUUAAAUUAACUAGCAUGUUUUUUUUUUAAUUUGUAUAUUUUUGAAUAGGUACAGCUUUAUGUAACAAUUCCUCUGUAAAGUUUAAUUACACAUGUUCAUAUUUAGCUUUUUUAAUAGUAUAAGGUUGUCACAUUAAAUGUCCUAAUUUAUUCGGCAUUUGCGAGCAUUAUUUAAUAACAUAGCUCCAGUUACUUAACCAAUAAGGAAUCAUUCUUAUAUUUUUCUUUUCUAUUAAAGCAAAGUCGAAUAAAUUAGGAACAUACGCUUACAACGAUGUAUUAUAAUAUUGUAUCAUCACAAUAGGGUUUGUACGUAAAAUUCACUGUAACACGUAAUUAAUAUAUAGAUAUUUUUCUUAUGACUGAUGCUUGUAUAGAAGAAUAAUUUCGUUCGUGGUAAGAGUCGAGUUACGUGCGUAGAUGUUGUGGCUUUUCCUCUCUUUCUCACUCUCAUAUUUACAGUUGUCAGCUUGAAAACUCGAGAUACAAUAAAAUAGACACAUAUCACGUCUUUAUCCUUUACGAGAUAGACAGAGCCAGUGGUCAUAAGACUUGAAGGCAAACAGUAAAUCCUAGACUGGCGGAAUAAGUAAGUAACAGGAUGCUAGCCUAUUUGUAAACUCGAGAUACAUCUUUGAGGCUAACUAACGCCUUUUUUUUGGGCGCUGUGAGAGGCAGCUGACAUAAGUACAUUAUUUUUUUUCGCUAUAGCAAUCCAGCAUGGAAUAAAUAAAAUGUGAGAAUGUUUUGCAAAGUAUUUUGGGUCGGUUUUACAUAUUCUUGUAUCACAACUGUUUGUGUUUUUAUUAGUCGCCUUUUCAUGAAUCCAUAGGUUGACUAAAUGAGCUAUGAUGAGUCAAACGCUUUGAUAAAUGAGAGGGGUAAACUUAACCAAAAUUUUUUUACUUAUUUGGACAACAUCUACGUAACGUAUUUAAUAAGUAUUCAUAUUGAUAGCCGUACAAGUGAUGUAGCUACUCCGUUGAGAAAACAUUGUUUAAUAAUAAAUUAUUCGGACGUAAGUUCCAUACGUUAUUUUGUAUUUUCAUCUGUAAAUGUAGUUAAAAAUAUAGUGUAACUGCCAGCGUCAUUUUUUUUAAAUAUGAGGCACUAUUAAUUACUUUAUAGACAAAUAAAAAAAAAACUAAAUUAUAAAACCUAUAAUAAGAUGUGAAAGACCCUUAUUUAGUUGUGACAUAUUUAGUUAGAAUCCAAAUAAUGAAGUUAAAACACAUGUUGCUUAGUUUAAAAAUAUUAUUAGGCGUAUUGAAAAAAAACACCAAUAUAGUUAAGUUAUUAAAUCAGAAACAUCACAAAAUUUAAUGCCCAGAUAACAUUGUACGAUAUUUCAAAGUGUAAUAAUGAACUUAUACGUCAUACUACAACUUUCUUUUAUCAUAGUUUAUUCCCGAAUGCAUUGUUAGUUUACUUCAAAGAAAUUGGAUCAAUGACUUUAAUAAUGAUUGGAAUACAUUAUGAUGAAAGAUGGAGGUUUCAGAUCAAAUUAUAUUCUAAGACCUUUACGCGUAUAAGCAAACAAGAUAAUGAAUUAAAAAAUAAAAGUUUAUUAGCAUCACACAAAUAUAUCUAUCUUACACUAAAGUACUUAGUUAAAGUAAAGUAAAAACAGUUGCAUAAAUUGAAAUACUAAUCCGACGUCCACUCAGCUUGUGCCGAGGCAGCUGGUCUUCCGGGGACGCCGGACAUUCAUGAAGUAGGUACCACUGCACACUUUAAGCAUACAAUGUUCUUAAUUUUUUAUUUCUUAAAUUUAAUCUGGAUGAGGUUUUUCAAGUAAGAGAUGUCACAUUUUUGUGAUUUCUCAAUUUUAAAUCAUUCAUUUGAAUAUGCCUAAAAACUUACUCGCACAGGGGAGUUUUAAAAUGGCAUGCAAUUUUAUUUAUGUUGCGUUAUCUAACAAUGCUACCUAGACAUUAUUGUUAGAUGAAAUUGUGUGAUCUCAUUUGUUUUGGAUAUAUGAAGUCAUCAACACAUUGAAUAAUUAUUCAAUGAUUAUAAUCGUUGACCGCUGAAAGACUCGGGAGAGAAAUCAGUUAUUAGUUAUAUUUGAUAAACGAAAAAAAUAUGUAGAAUCUCCAAUAACAAUAGAUUUAAAUGGCAACAAAAUGAUAGUGAUUUUAAUUUCGCAAUUUAUUUGGAAAUAACCAGUCCCAUUUUAAUGUAAGUACUGAAAUGAUUUUUUUUAGAUAUUUAACUUUAUUACAAUUGUAUGAAAUUAAUAUGAAUUUAAAUUACUGAUUUUAAUUUAAUCGUCAAUAACAAUUAUUUGUGGUUUACAAUUUCAUGAUCAUUUUCAAUUUUGAACUUAAAUGAUAUUUUAUGAAUAUUUUUAUGAGUUUUCAGUUUAAGAAUUUAUUAAUUUUUUUUCAAUGUUCUGAACAAAACACUUUUAUUUUGAACAAACCGUGUGUAGGAUGUUUUGCCACACAAAUUAUAUUUUUUAAAUUUAAAUUGUGGUAUGAGAUUUGUCAAAUGUUUUAAAUGAAGAAGUGUAAAAUUUACUGUGUAAUUUAUCUGCUAAUGAAAUGCUUUUAACUUAAUUUAUUAACUUAAAACAAAUCUGUUCAUAUUAUACACACAUGGUUGGCUUAUUACCUAUCCCCUUAUUAUUUCAUUUAUUGUAUAUUAAAAACAUUAUGUUUUUAAAAUAAUGUUUUAAUAUUUCAUCUGGCUUGUUGUAAUAUUAUAUAUCUAUGUAAAAUCAGAAAUUUGAGAAGGCAUUUCCUAUAACGACACUCAUUAUGAGUAAAAGAAUAAAAUUGUCUCAAAAUAUUUUUGUUUAUCUAUCUUCGAAAAAUGUCGGAGACCUGUUCUGCAAGUUAUCAUUUUGAAACAUAUUUUUUGUCCACGCAUUUUGUUCUUUGAGAAAACAAAAUGAAUUAAAAAAAACCUAAAAUUUAUUUUAUGGAAUGCAAUUUUACAGUUACAAAAGUAUUUUUACUCGUUAUAUUGUUCGUUUUUCAAAAUAGUGAAUGCCUCCAUUUUUUUUCUGUAUAGUCCUGUGAACUAUCGUUGACGUUAAAGUAAUAUUUUUAUUGUAAGCCUAAGUGUAACGCGUUGUAAAUAUCCUGAUACAUAAAUUAUUGUAUUUCAUAAUAAAAUAAUCGAUCAGUU